AGAUAAGUAUUUAGGGUUUUGGGCUUCUUCUUCACUGCAAUGGCGAGAAGACAUGGAUGGCAACUUCCAGCUCACACAUUUCAGGUUGUUGCUAUAACUGUAUUUUUCUUGCUAACUGUAGCUUACUAUGCCUUCUUUGCUCCGUUUCUUGGAAACAAACUCUAUGAAUAUAUUGCCAUUGGUGUUUACUCUUUCCUGGCGUUUUCGGUUUUAGUUCUUUACAUUCGAUGCACUGGUAUAGAUCCUGCAGAUCCUGGAAUCUUUGUGAAGGCUGGUAACACUCCAGCUCAUAAGUCACAGAACAGUAACUAUUUGCCUGAUAAUGCUUCAGCAAUUGAUGGUGGGCCAUAUAUUAGACACGGCUCAGGUUGCUGUAAUGCUAUAGGAAGAUUCAUUUGUGGUUGUUUAGUAAUACAAGAUUGCCGUAGAGAUACUCAACAAGAGGAAUUGAACGAACAAGAAGAAGCUCUGUUCUGCUCAUUGUGCAAUGCUGAGGUACGUAUGUUUAGCAAGCACUGUCGAAGUUGUGGCAAGUGUGUCGAUGGGUUUGAUCAUCAUUGCCGGUGGCUGAAUAACUGUGUGGGGCAGAAAAACUACAUCAGCUUUGUGUGUCUUAUGGCGGCAAGCUUUUUUUGGCUGAUAGCUGAAUUUGGAGUUGGUGUUACUGUAUUUGUUCGAUGUUUCGUGGACCAAAAGGCAAUGGAACAUCUUAUAACUGAAAAGCUUGGGCUUGGGUUCUCCCGUCCUCCAUUUGCCGCUGUUGUGGUUGUUUGUACAACUCUCUCGUUACUGGCUUUGAUACCUCUUGGGGAACUUUUCUUUUUCCAUAUUAUUUUGAUCCGAAAGGGAAUCACAACAUAUGAAUAUGUUGUUGCCCUGAGAGCGCAAACUGAACCACUUGGAACAUCUGUAGAUGAGCUAGACCAAACAAGCCAGCAUCCUUCACCCGCAAGCUCAGCUGUGACAGCCACGAGUGCUAGAAGCUCUCUCGGAUUGAGCAUUCAAUACCGUGGUGUCUCCUUGUGUACACCUCCAAACAUAUUCAUGGACCAACAGGACGAUGUUAUCCAGCAUUUGGAGCCUGGACCUGUACGAUCCACAAUAGACCCCGACACACUUUCACAGAAGAAGCCACCUCAGCGUCAACAAGUAAGGAUCAAUCCAUGGAAACUGGCAAAACUCGACUCAAAAGAAGCAUCUAUAGCAGCUGCAAAAGCACGUGCAUCUUCAUCAGUGCUUCUUCCAGUAAGUUCGCGGCCAAACCCUUACAAAACCAGCAGCAAUGUAAGCGGGAGAAGCAGCCCCACAAGUACCCAUCACACUAGAAAAGGCAAAGCUGAUUUAGAGUCUUGUAGCCUUAGUAGUCCAGGUUUGACGAGAGAUCACUUCAACCCAAUGUACAUGUCAUCACCAGCUAACGAGUCACCAUUAAACGAGGAAGAAAGCAGAAAUGCUGUUGUUGCAGCUAGAAGAAACUUGCCGUCAAGCGAUGAGAGUUCAGUUGUUUGGGAUCCAGAAGCAGGCCGGUUUGUAUCGUCGUCUCGGAUUCCCGGAACAGAUUUUGGCGGUUCUCUUGGUAAUGAACGUCUCAACACCAUAACUUCUUCUGUGACUGAUGGUAGCAGAAGGGCUAGAGGAAACCCAUUGACUGGUUAUUUUCAACAGGUUAGAUCACAGAGAGGAGACCAACUUCCAGUGUUUAUGCCUACUGAUUCUCAACUCCACAGACACUUAUCUACUAGAUUCCACUAGAUACAUUUUGUAGAUCACCAACAUCUUUGUUUCCAUUCAAGUUUUGUUUCUUAUUUCUCUAUUUCUUUUCUCGGUAAGGAGACAGUUUUAUUGGUUUAGUUAAUGGUAGAAAAGAACACAAGAAUCAGACUUAGAUUGUAACAUAUCUGAUUACAAAGACAAAAAACAAAACAAGCAGAGUUGAUGCCAAAGUGUAAGAAAAUUUUAAAACGAUU